GACUGCGUGGGAGGGACUCAGUAGCGUACUAUAGACAGGAGCAGUCCACCUCGCGGCCGCCAAGCCAUUCUGUCGCUCGCUUCUCACCCUCUCCGCCUCCGCCUCCACUGCCGCUCACCGGAGUUGAUCUGCUCCGACGACGACAGCCAUCUAUACAUGUAGAUUAAAGGAGCUGCAGCUGCUUUUGGAGGACAACCCAGUUGCCUUUGAAGUUGAAAAUGACGGUGGUGAAGGUGGAGGAGGUGGCGAAGGCGGACGAGAACCCUGCGCUGGUUGGAGGGCUGGACGAUGAGGCCGAGACGGGGUAUGUCUCGCCCGACGACGACGAAGACGACGAGACCGACAGCGACGGGGACUACGAGAUCCCCAGCGGCGGCGACGGCGUGCCCGAGCUGAGGAAGGGUCCAUGGACGCCCGACGAGGACAAGCGUCUCAAGACCUACGUGGAGGCGCACGGCGAGGGGAACUGGAACAAGGUGCAGCGGAACGCCGGGCUCAACCGCUGCGGCAAGAGCUGCCGCCUCCGCUGGGCAAACCACCUCAGGCCCGAUCUCAAGAAGGGGCCCUUCGACGCUGAGGAGGUCGACAAGAUCAUCAGGUUUCACAUCAUGUGGGGCAACAAGUGGGCCAAGAUGGCCUCCCAUUUGCCUGGUCGCACAGAUAAUGAAAUUAAAAACUAUUGGAAUACCAGAUUGAAGAGGAAUCAGAGACAUGGUUUGCCUAUGUAUCCAGAAUAUAUGCUUUCUCAGGUUAUGCAUCCGCAUCAAGACAUGAACUGUGAAACUCCUGGAGAGUCACCUGGCAAGAAAAAGUUAAAUGAGUAUGCAAAAGAAAAGGUUGUUGACAUGCAUGAUCUUAUAGAUGAGGUAAUGACAUUCCAGCACCUUGACUAUGAUAAGGAUCCAGUGGUUCCAACAAAACCUUUGAAACGCUAUGCAUCUACUGGUAGUCUGCAAAAGCCAGAUGAGACUGAGAAAACCUUUUGUUCCAUUGAUUUGGACUAUAUAUUGACAAAGAGUCAGUCAAUGCCUCUUGGUAGUGCCAUUGCCAGUGGCUAUCCACCAGAGCUCUCUUCAUUCCAAAGUUCCAGCUAUACCCCCCUAAGUAAUGACUGGUUGCUUCAAUGUCCUUCAGCUUCUGUGGAACAACAAAUCAUUCAAUCUCCAGAAUCCAUCUCGUCACAAACCACUGGUCUGCUGGGUGCAAGCGUUCACAACAGUGGUAUACUUGAUGACCCCACAAAGUCUGGAAGAUCUUUUGAAAUACCGAUUCCUAUGGUAUACCCUAUGAUGCAUUCUUCUUCAGUCUUCGGUAACUCUGAACACGAGGGCUGUCCAAUUACUAAAAUUCAAGCUUCAAACUUGUCUUCAGGUUCAGAUGCUGUUUUCAAUCUUGGCCAGUGUUAUCCAGGUGUUAGUUUUUCUGAUCCUGGGAUCCCUGAUACACCACUGGGAGCAAGUUUCUAUACUGCACCACCAGAAGCAAGUUUCUUGAAUGAUACUACACCACUUGAACCAAGUUUCUUGAAUGAUAAUUUGAAGGACCAGUCACAUCUCUACUUGCAGGGACCUAAGUCGUUGACUGAUGGAGGCCAAUGGUUUGAUCCUUGUCACAAGCUUGACUUCCCAGGUCCGUGAGCAGCAGUUUGCACAGUCAGGAUCAGGGCAACAACCAUGAUUAGAUAUUCUUGUCCUACCAUUUUGUUUGAAGGUCACGAGUCUUGCGUAGUUAUAUUUGUUUGGUAUACAUACCUUGAGUGCUUGAACUCCAAAUUUAUUGACUGCUGCAACCAUCUAAACUCAUACUCUUUGAUGUGAUGUGAUUUUUUGGGACAAAAUCAGUGCCUCAGCAGCCGUAUUUCCGUGCUCUCCUUAAUUGCUACAACGGUUAUGUUUCCUUAAUGAUGAUUAUUUCAGUUCUGUAUAUGCUGUGGAUUCAGCUAGUAGCAUCACCCCCACAUCUGAGCGAGCGAAAUGUUAACAGCCACUUGAGCACAACUCAUGUAUAAAUGUGCAUCUAAAUUCUAAACCAUGGGAUCAUGGUUAUAUCUUU